CAGAGCUAUGUGUGGUAAGGGACGCAGACGAAGGGUCGCAAAUCGUUCAUGUAUCUAUGGAUUCAACAAGCAGGAUAUUCGCCGUCUGGCUCGCUGUGGCGGUGUUAAGCGUAUUUCCGGCCUGAUUUACGAAGAGACUCGCGGUGUGAUGAGAGUCUUCUUGGAGAACGUCAUCCGCGACACCGUCACCUACACCGAGCACGCCAAAAGAAAGACCGUCAUCGCCAUGGAUGUGGUGUACGCCCUGAAACGCCAGGGACGCUCUCUGUACGGCUUCGGCGGAUAAACGUUCAACGCCGAACGAUGUGAACACAACGGCACUUUUAAGAGCCACCCAAAUAUCCCCGAAGAGAUUUUCCUUUAGAACUUGAAAUAAGGAGAUACGCGUAUCUCUCUCUCUCUCUCUCUCUCUCUCUCUCUCUCUCUCUCUCUCUCUCUGCCUGAAGCUGUUUGUGUACAACCAUUUCCUCUGUAACGUUUUUUCAAAAGUCCGGAGAAGAAUUGCAAGGGAAAAAAAAUCAGGUUUAAAGUCACAAUUCUUUUAUCUUUUUAAAUGAGUCAGAAAUAAGCUUUAAUAUCUAUCAUUAUAGACAAUACAAAAAUAUGAUAUAAUUGUGCUGCAAACAUUUUUAAAUAUAAAAAAACAUGCGUUAUAUUUGACAAGAUUUUGUUUGAAUUGAAGCUCUUGAAGGUCUGUGACAUGUUUACAGUGACAGUUGAGUUUGUAUCUGCUGAAGGCAUAUUUGCUAAUAGAAUAUGAAACAAUAAGUCCAAUCCAUU